AUCAAAUCUGCCUCCCGCAGCUCGCCCCAGCCCAUGUCGCCCUCUGAUUUCCUGGACAAGCUUAUGGGACGGACGUCGGGGUAUGAUGCCCGGAUUCGGCCCAACUUCAAAGGUCCGCCCGUCAACGUGACGUGCAACAUCUUCAUCAACAGCUUCGGCUCCGUCACCGAGACGACCAUGGACUACCGGGUGAACGUCUUCCUGCGGCAGCAGUGGAACGACCCCCGGCUGGCCUACCGCGAGUACCCCGACGACUCCCUCGACCUCGACCCCUCCAUGCUCGACUCCAUCUGGAAGCCGGACUUGUUCUUCGCCAAUGAGAAAGGGGCCAGUUUCCACGAGGUCACCACCGACAACAAGCUGCUGCGCAUCUUCAAGAACGGCAACGUGCUCUACAGCAUCAGGCUGACGCUGAUCCUGUCCUGCCCCAUGGACCUCAAGAACUUCCCCAUGGACAUCCAGACGUGCACGAUGCAGCUGGAGAGCUUCGGCUACACCAUGAACGACCUGAUCUUCGAGUGGCUGGAGGAGCAGGAGGCCGUGCAGGUGGCGGAGGGCUUGACGCUGCCGCAGUUCAUCCUCAGGGACGAGAAGGACCUGGGCUACUGCACCAAGUACUACAACACAGGCAAGUUCACCUGCAUCGAGGUGAAGUUCCACCUGGAGAGGCAGAUGGGCUACUACCUGAUCCAGAUGUACAUCCCCAGCCUGCUCAUCGUCAUCCUCUCCUGGGUCUCCUUCUGGAUCAACAUGGACGCGGCGCCGGCGCGGGUGGGCCUGGGCAUCACCACCGUGCUCACCAUGACCACGCAGAGCGCCGGCUCCCGCGCCUCGCUGCCCAAGGUCUCCUACGUGAAGGCCAUCGACAUCUGGAUGGCCGUCUGCCUGCUCUUCGUCUUCGCCGCCUUGCUGGAGUACGCCGCCGUCAACUUCGUGUCCCGGCAGCACAAGGAGUUCAUGCGCCUGCGGCGGCGCCAGCGGCGGCAGAGGAUGGAGGAAGAGCUCGUCCGCGAGAGCCGCUUCUACUUGCGAGGCUACGGCCUGGGCCACUGCCUGCAGGCGAAGGAGGGUCCCGGGGAGGGUCCCGGCAUCUACAGCCCCCCCCCGGCCAGCGUGCUGCUGCGGGAAGGGGAGACCCUCUGCAGGCGCUACGUCGACCGGGCCAAGCGAAUCGACACCAUCUCCCGAGCCGUCUUCCCCUUCACCUUCCUGGUCUUCAAUAUCUUCUACUGGGUUGUCUACAAAGUGCUGCGCUCGGAGGACGUCCACCCGGUGCCCUGA